CUUGCUUAUCGUUCGUUAAUCUUGCUGAGUACCCAAAUAUUUAUAGACAUUACAAGAGACCAUAAGUACUUUAGUGAUAUAAAAUAUUGACGAUAGCAGUGAUACUGGUAUGUUCAUGAUGGCUGAGGAAAUGGAGACAAUCGAAGUGGAGACAACUCCAUCUACAGCAUUUACCUCCCUUGUGACACCACAAUCUGGAAAACUUGCAUACUUUGAUGUGGAGAAGAAAAUUGGAAAAGGGCAGUUUUCAGAGGUGUACAGAGCCAGGUAUAAGAAAGAUGACGGGAUGUCCCUGGCUCUCAAGAAAGUUCAGAUUUUUGAAAUGAUGGAUGCUAAAGCAAGGAAUGACUGUAUGAAAGAAAUAGAUUUACUAAAGCAACUGGAUCAUCCCAAUGUUAUAAAAUACCUAGACUCUUUUAUUGAAAAUAAUGAAUUGAAUAUUGUACUGGAACUGGCUGAUGCUGGUGACUUGCAGAGGAUGAUUAGGCAUUUUAAGAAACAGUGCAGGUUAAUCCCAGAAAAGACAAUUUGGAAAUACUUUGUACAGAUCUGCAGUGCCUUAGAUCACAUGCACUCUAAGAGGAUCAUGCACAGAGACAUCAAACCAGCAAAUGUUUUUAUCACUGCCCAAGGCAUUGUCAAACUUGGUGACCUUGGCCUUGGUAGAUUUUUUAGUUCCAAAACAACUGCUGCUAUGUCUCUUGUUGGCACACCUUACUACAUGUCACCUGAGAGGAUCCAUGAGAAAGCUUACAACUUUAAGUCAGACAUUUGGUCCCUGGGUUGUCUGCUGUAUGAGAUGGCUGCUCUCCAGUCACCAUUUUACGGAGACAAAAUGAAUUUGUUUUCUCUGUGUAAAAAAAUUGAACAGUGUGACUACCCUCCCCUUCCUGCAGAUUGCUACUCUGAGCAGCUGCGAUCUUUGGUCAAUAUGUGUAUCAACCCUGACCCAGAACAACGUCCAGAGAUCAAGUAUGUUUAUGAUAUAGCCAAGCGCAUGUACCAUAUGUUUGAGCAGCGACAGCAAGUGCAAGUACAACAGCAACUGGGCAACAUACAACCUUGAACCUCCAUGUUGCAGAUGGCUGUGCGUCAAAGUGUGUAGCCUCAGUCCAGUAUUGUUUGGUACUUUAUGACCAUGUACUUGGUUACUUUAGUAAUGUUUUACCUCCUUAAAAAGCUACUGUGAUGUAAGAGAUUCAAUUUAACUUUUAAAAAAAAAUAAUUCAAUUUAAGCAGGUUAGCCAACUAUUAUUUAAGCACUAAUAAAUCUUGUUGCUUAUUUACUAAAUUGUGUAAAAAAAUAUUUUUUUUAUCAAAGUACUUUAAAGAACUAACAAAUCUUUUUUUAAAUGAGUUUUCCUUUUUAAAUUCAAAUAAGAUUUUUUGGAUCUCUGUGACAAAUUUUUGCCUUUAUUGUAGUAUUUUACUAAUUAUGUGUGUAUAACAAUGUAUUACAAUAUAAAACAUGCCUGUGAGAGUUGAGGUCCAAAGUUCAUAAUAUGUGAUAUAUUGCUAGUCAUUGUGACAAGAACUCAUUUUAAAAUUUAUUUAAACUUAAUAAUUACAUUUAGAAUCAAUAUCUAUGGAGCUUUUAGAACUUUCUUUUUUUUUUAAUAAUAACUUUUAAGUAGUGCCUAUUGUUUUAGAUAGAAUCUAACAUAAGCUAAAUAUAUAUUUUGUCAUGUAGACUUACAAAUAAUUCCUCUUUUCUUGCUGUAGUUAUAUUAUUUAUGAUAAAUAUUGUUAAACUUUUUAUCACACAGAUUGUCUAGUAAAACAAUUUGAAUGAAUGUUGUAUGUAAUGGUUUUAACUAAAAUAAUGACUAUUGUGACAUGUUAAAAAAGAAUUUUUUUGAACUCUAUUGAAGCGUGUAUAUUAAAACACGUAAGCAAAAUUACUGUUAAGUGCUAAAGGAAAGUCACAGUGUCUUAUAAUACUUAUUGUUUUUAGUUAACUAAACACGUAUGUCAUAAUUUCAAAUAAUAUUUAUUUUACAAUGAUGUUUUAAAUACACAUUUUUAAAAACUGUAAAUGUGUUACUAACCACUGUAAGAAAAAAAGUGCAUGGAUAUAUGAAUUAACUGAAUUUUUAAAACAUCAACUUUUAAUAUUUUUAAGUAUCAAUUCUGCAAAUUUGUUUUUUUUACAUUUUUGAAGUAUCCAUUUGCAGACCUGCUAAAUUAAAGUUACCCUUUCAGAAGUAGCCAUCCAUUGGGCAGAUGAAGUAGAAUUUAUAUGUUUCUGUAACCUCGGCAUAUGAAGGGAUAGUGUAGUCAAAACUAUGCCCAGAUGCCUUUGCUUUCCCUAACUAACAUGAGUCAGGUACCCAACAGAGCUGGGUGGAUGCCGGCUUGUGAUCCAAACUCGAAACUUUUAUUUUAGCAGUAGCACACUCUACUUGCUGAUUACGCAAUCCCAUGGAUUUUCUAAAUCAACUUUUUUUAAAAAUCGAGUUAUUCCAGCCGACUUAACUAUGAAUUGUCAUUCCACAGAUUUCUAAACAUUAUACAUAUAAGCUGAUUCUUUUAGCACAAACAAAAAUCUGAAAAUUCAUUGUAGAGCAACUUAAAAAUUAAUUCUAAAUUUUUUUAGCAUGAUUUGCUAAUAAUGAAAUUCCUUAUUUUAUGUGUUAGCUGCAAUAUUGUUUUCAUGCUUAGAUUAUCUAUCGUGUCUACUUGGUUUAUAUUUCAAAGCUCACAAAAUGAAUGUAAAAAGAUAUUUUGUAGAACAAAUACACCUAUUUUGACAACUGACUCAAAAUAAGACCUACAUUUUAAUGUUAAUGACUGAUGCGUUUGCUAAAGUAUUUGUUUUUUAUUUUGAAUCAUGAAAUCCUGAUUUGCAUUCAUGCUUAUAUAUGUAUUUUUUACUUUGUUUUUACUUGCUUACAAUUGAUUGGUUAUAAUCCAACAAAAAUACUAUUUACUCAUUUACUUGCUUACAAGCAAUCGGUCAUAAGUCAACAAAAUAAAUUUGCUGCCUGUAUAUUUAUUACACUGUUCAAAAAUAUUUCCCUAACUAUGGUUAUAGAAUUUUGGGUAAAUGUUUCAUGUAUUUUUAAAAUAAAUAAUUAAUUCUUUUAUUCAGACAAGCCGUCCAUAAUAAUUUUUAUGCUCAUUGUCCUUAUUAAUGCUAAGGUUUUAAAAAUUAUCUUCAAGCAAUUUUGUACCUUCAACAAAAGCCUUAAGAAGUCAAGCAAUGUUUCCCCUUCAACAAAAAACAUUGUGAAGCAAUUUUUAACUUCUUGCAUAAAAAACAAGGAAUGUUAUAUAACAAUUAACUAAUAAUUUUUGCCUUUUUUUUUUAAUAAAGUUACUGUCACUGCUCAAAUGUAAAUAUAAUUUUUAAUAUUGUGGUACCUAAACAACUGAGAUUUGAGUUACUUUUCUCAUAAUGAAAUAUGCGUAAGUUAGAAGAUGACUAAUUAAUUUAACAAAGAAAUAAUAUGUGUAAUGCAGUUAAAAUACAGUUUUAUCUGUAAUGUUUUUAAAAAUUGAAAUUUACUUUCACGUUAAACCUUAUUCUAUUGACAUUAAAUAUAAGGAAUGUGCACUCUGAACUCUCUAGAGUCUUUUUAUAAAUCAUUACACUAAAGAGAUUCAGCCUUCAUUUUGACUAUAUGUUUAAAAAAUAAUCGACAAAACAUGAUCUUUUUUAGAACUUAGAAAAUAUUGAUCAUAAUACAAUUGUUUGUUAUUUUCUUUGGUUAAUGCUAUAUAUUUAAUCUGCUAACAUUUCUUGUUUAUUAAUCAAGUACCAAUUAUUUUUUUAUCAGCAUUGCAGUUUGAUUUUAGAAUGACUGGUUGGUCAAGACUUUUGCAUUGACCACCUGUCUAGAUUUACUUGGUUAUUUAGAUUGUUUUACAUUAUUAUUUUUUUUUAAUUUUCUACAAUCUUAAACUUACAACGAUGUUUGACAUUGUUUUACAUUUUAUUCACUGCUUCCAAUAUUUUACUCUGCUAAAACUGGAACUUAAUUUAAGUUCUCCUUUUUUGUUUUUAAUAGCUUUGUUGAUUUAUUUGUUGAAAUUUGAGUUUCUUAUGAAAAAGUGUCAGUCUUGAUUUUCUUUAUCAAAAUGUUUGCAAUCAUUAAGAUAUUGUUUGUGAAUUUUUUUUUUUAGUAUUUUAAAUUAAAAAUGUCUAUUUGAAUUUAUUGAUUGGAAUGUAUUUUUAUAUAACUUGUCAAAAAGUAUUUUAACUUCUAGAUUGAAAUGUCUGUAGCUACAAAGUUUGUGUAUAGAAUGUCUGUAUCCCUACCCUGAUUUGUUGUAUUAAAUGUAGUUUUUCUUUCAUAAUUCAAAGAAAAAAAUUCAUUCUUCUAUGUAAUAACUGUUGUACUAAGUCAAAGAAAACUUUCUCGUCCAAGAAUCUCACUCCCUCUAUGGUGUCUGUAUACUUUUUAUCAGAAUCAUUGACAUACUGUGGGUUUACUUGAAUGGACAGUAUUUUAUUUAUAUUUCCACUGUAUGUUUUAUACAACUGAUUUUACUUUGACUAUUGCUUUUUGUUCUUCCAUUCCGUCCAGUGAAAACCCCAAUGUUUAAGACUAAAUUUGUAUCACUGCUUAGUACUACUACUUAACCUAGUAUACAAUUUAAAAUUAUUUUUGUCGGCCACUAUAAAUUAUGUAUAUAACAGCCCAAUGUUUAAGACUAAAUUUGUAUCACUGCUUAGUACUAAUACUUAACCUAGUAUACAAUUUUAAAUUAUUUUUGUCGGCCACUAUAAAUUAUGUAUAUAACAGAUUAUCGAUUUCUUACCUGAAAAUUCAGUGUUAAAUUAUGAAACAAGACUAAAGUCUGACCUGAUGGGGAGUCGUGUGGUAGGGUGAGCAGUGCGUGUCACAUGUUGAUUCCACUCCACACGACCCCAUCCCACCAAGUUUUUUUUUCAGUUUAUUUACAUACCUGUGAUCAAUGUUGAUGCAACAGGAAACAGUUGAUUUCAGCUUUAACUCUAACUGUGAUUAACCAGAGUUUUGUUUUCUAAUUGUGCUAUCCCAGCAUUCAAAUAAAUAGUCUGUUAAACAACGGGUCAGAAGAUGUUAAUGAGCAUGAUAAGCUUUCUCUAUCACAAUACUUAUAAAAUUAUAUGCUAAACAGUCUGUUAAUUUAAUUUAUCAACUGUAUUAACUAUUUGUUAAACCCUAAACUCAACAUUCCAGAGUGUAUGUGUAUAGACCUUUAUGUGUCAUUUUUGCUAUUUUAGUUUUUGAACUAGUGUAAGGAAUAUAUUAACCCUUAAGAUCAUCAUUGAUAGCAUUGAAGUGCUUUUCCAUUGGAGAUUGAUCAAGAUAAUCUGCUUGUAAACAAGAGUAUUUUCUCUUUACAUGGAGCAAUAGAUUUACACUACAUUCAAAAGUCUUUGGUUUGUUAGCAAUAGGUUAUUUUUUAUUUCCAUUCAAGUCCUUGAUAUAAAGCAAUAAAAAGAAAAGCAAUUUAGGAUUUGCUACUAAAGAAUUUUAGUGGUACGUAAAACAACAUAGAACAAAUUACUUUUAUAAAAAUCAAGUGCAAUGUCAAAUGCAUUUUAUCAUUUUAAUAUGCCCUUCAACAAAUUGUAUGCUAAUUAGCACAAAGCAAAACAAUAUUUUAGUAUCACCCCUUUACUAUUAAAUAACAUUUUCAAGCCAGUAUGUUUGGUUGGAAUUUUAUGUAAAUAUGUAGGUUUAUUAGUCACUAUAGGUUCUUUACAAAUGAUGCAAAAUUUUGGCUACGUUUUUAGAAAAAUCUGGUUAUUUACUAAUGUGGGUUGAUAUGGUUGUAACAUGUAACUGGAGUUGUAGCUAACUCAUUCACCUGUGUUACAGUUUUAAAAAAUAAAUAGAUUGUUACAAUC